GCAGCCGUUUGAGUGUGGAAACAAGUGUGGUUUUUGGAGUGCUUCUGAAGUGAAAAACGGAACAAUUAAAAGUUGUUUAUAUUUUAUCGGUUCGAAAAUGUUUCAACAAGAUCAGCCGAAAGCUGGCCCGAUAGUGCUGGACGUCAUUCCACCCCAUUAUAACAUGCAUCAUCAUCAAAGCCAUCAAAGUCCACCGCAAUCGCCAAAUAGCACUCAAUCUAUCAAAAAAGAUUCUCUAUCGCCAAUUCCUGGUGAUACCAAGCUGAAUUCUUCGGCCAGUCAAAUACAUAACGAUCCCAACAUCAGAAGGUACAGGACGGCAUUUACAAGGGAGCAACUGGCCCGGUUAGAAAAGGAAUUCUACAAAGAAAAUUAUGUUUCCCGACCCCGUCGGUGUGAACUAGCUGCUCAACUGAAUCUUCCCGAAAGCACCAUCAAGGUUUGGUUCCAAAAUCGUCGUAUGAAAGACAAGCGUCAAAAAAUGGCAAUCGCAUGGCCCUACGCGGCGGUCUACACGGAUCCUGCUUUUGCAGCUUCCCUUCUUCAAGCAGCUGCCUCCAGUUUGCCUUUGCAUUACGCGCCACCGCCACCAAUGUACCACCCUCAUCACUACCACCCCAGGUAUCACCCGUACAGUUCCGGUUUUGGCAUACCCCAAAGCAACAUGCCGCUGGCUAACCCUGGACUGGGCAUGAACCAAAGUAUUUCGUUGGGUGGUACUUUGCAAGGAUUUCCGCAAACGGUACCGCAACCGCAAUUAGCACCAGCAGGAUUAAAUAUCAGUCUUGGUCUGGACUUCCCCGCCUAUCCUAAACUCUCCGACCAUCACCUGAAACUGUCGCCCAAGGGUUCGCCUGUACAUUCCGAUUUGAGCGUAAGUCCGAGCCCGUCCGACGGCUUGCUAAUGCCUGCCAAGAUGGAACAGACCCAAAUUCCUUCCAUGCAAGAUAAGCCGAAACUUUUUAAACCGUACAAGUCCGAAGCGUAAUAAUGCAAGUUUUGAGUUCAUUGUGAUAAACGUACAAGUGUAUUACAUUAUUAAGUUGAAACAAUCGUUGUGAUGUGUAUAGUUAGUUAAUAAAUUAUUUUAGUUUAAGGUGUAUAUAUUAGAUUAUUAUGUACAUGUA